UUGCUCUCGGUCAUUCGUUGUGGUUGUGUGAACUUGUGCCGCAGCAUCAUCAGCAGCAGCAACAGCAGCAACAGCAGCAACAGCAACGACAACGACAACGACAAGAACAACAGCAGCGGACAGAGACGACAUUGUCGCCAUCGUUGUCGCCAUCGACAUCGACAUCGCAUAGAGAAUCAGAAUCAUAAGAAGCAACAGCAGGAAGAGUUUUUUCGUGUGAGCAGCCAAAGACAAAACGUUUUGUGGUUGCAUUUACGAUUCGAGAGCACUGCGACUGCAGCACGCAGCUCGCCGCACACAUAGAAGGCAAUAAUAAAUAAAUAAACAAAAAUUUUGUCUUGGCCUACGCCUCGUAUGCGUAAUGUCAUAAACGAUACCAAACGCUUAACUCGUCAACGGCUCAUUAUACGAGAAGCACAACAAAGAUACGGGACAGUUGGUUCUAUGUGCCUGCUUCCGUUUGGUGCGCUUUUAAAAAAUUGAUCAACGCAGCGAGCAGUGAAACGCGACAAGGCGGGUAACGGAUUUCCGCGCCAAGGCAUCGAAACAACAGCACCCGAAAGCGGGGAAAGGAAAUCGGGCAGGCAGUCAGGCAACAGCAGUAGCAGAGCAUCGCCUUGGUGCCAAUUGUGCAGCAGAACGCGUUUCUGGAUUAGACCGAGUCUAGCAGAAGCAGCAACAGCAGAAACAGCAACAGCAACAGCAAGAGCAAUAAGUUCCUUUGUGCGUCAUGCACGACACAGCCGGCAAACCGUCCCCCAUAACCACACCCACACAGUCGCCAAUGGCAGCGACGGAGCCCGGAACUGGGCCAGCUGACGAUGAGGAUGAGACCGAUGUGAUUGGCGAUCUAAUGGGUCACUAUGGCAAAUGGCAGCUGCUGAUGACAGUGCUGCUGUCGCUUUUCCAGGUGCCAAACACGUUUCACAUAUCCUCAUCUGUCUACCAGGCGGCCAACAAGGACUUCUGGUGCCAGCGUCCAACACAUCUGCAGCAAUUGCCCGUGGAUGCUUGGCGAAAUCUGAGCAGCUCCCAGGACAAUUGUCAUAUGCGCGCUGGCAUCGAUUGGAGCCAGCUGAGCAAUGAAACGCUGCCCUCACAAAUGGAGCAACAGGCGGCGGUGGUGGCAGCAGCAGCUACGGCUGCCAACGACGGGAAGCUGGUUGCCUGCAACAGCUGGGAGUAUGCGACAAACGACAAUGUCGGUAACACUUGGACCUCGCAGUGGGAUCUGGUGUGCGACAAGGAGCAUUUGAAAAAUGUGGCCGAGAUGUUCUUUCUGCUGGGCGUUGCAACAGGUGGCAUUAUUUCCGGCUACCUCUCCGACAAGUUUGGUCGCAAAACAAUGCUCUUCAUAUCGGCCGUGCUACAGACCAUAUUCGGUCUCUGGCUGUACUUUUGCAGUUCCUUUGAGCUAUAUUUGACGCUGCGUGCUCUGUUGGGGCUCGUCUCCGUCUCUGUGACCUAUUCGGGCCUCAUUCUGGCAAUCGAAUAUGUGGAUGGCAAGUGGCGAACAAUAGCCGGCAUGUAUAACCUAUUCCCACUGCCAAUAUCGUAUAUGAUUAUAUCUGGAUUGGCCUAUUUGACGCAAGACUAUCAACGUUUGCAGCUGUGCAUUGGUCUCCCAGGCAUUUUCCUCUGUUUUCUCUGGUUUGUGGUGCCGGAAUCACCGCGUUGGCUGCUGGUCAAGGGUCGCAUUGAGGAAGUGAAACGCAUCAUUGAAGCUGCGGCCGUUUUCAAUGGACGCCAGCUGCCCCCGGACUACCAGCUAACACCGCCUACGCAAGAGAGCAGCUCACAAGACGUUACGUAUCUGUUUCGGUCCAGCUACUUGAGGCGCAUCUCCAUCUGUUUUCUGUGCAUUUGGUUCACCAUGAACCUGGUCUACUACGGCAUUAUCUUGAAUAUGAGCUCGUUCGGUGGCAAUGUCUACUUGAAUUCGGCGCUAGCUGGCCUAGUCGAAAUACCUGCCAUUGCGGUGGCCAUGUACAUUAUCACCAAGGUGGGCAAAAAAUGGCUCUUUUGCGCCACCCUGUUCUGUGCCGGCGUCGCUUGUUGCUGUGCUGCGAUCACUGAGGGACGCGAGGACAUGCUUUGGCUGAAGAUCACAUUCCUGAUGAUGGGCAAGUUUACGAUCAGCGCUGGCAAUACCAUCAUGCCCGUUUACACCGCCGAACUAUAUCCCACGGCCAUACGCAAUGUGGGAGUGGGCGCCUGCAACGUUGCCGCUGGAUUGGCGCUCAUAUUAACGCCCUACUUAUCGCUUCUGAACAAAAUCGAAGGCCACCUGCUGAUGACUCUGCUCACCGCUUGGAGUAUUUUUGGCGGCUUUGUGGUGCUCUUCCUGCCUGAGACGGCGGUGCGGAAAAAUGCACCGUCCGCAACAAAUCGCCAGAACGCAGCUAAGCAGGUGUAAUAAAUUAUAGAGACGUUACUCUAAUACGCCUCACCGCACUCCCAAUACUCCUGUCACCUAAGAAAUAUUUUGGCUGGUCCAAAGUAUGUAAAUGAGCACACAGGCUACCAGAGAACUACUUAAUAUCAAGCAGUACCCACUUGAAUCGCUGCCCAGCCCCGAUUUGACAUAUCCACCGCCUCAGCCACCGCCACCUUCUAAUAACCAAGAACUCAAGUAAAUAGCGCAAUUAAUCGAAUGUCCAUGGAAUGCCAUAAGUCUAAAAGUCAGGCAGGACCUUAUUUGCGUAGCAAGUAGUGAGUAUUUAAAAAUGAAAUAAUAUAUUAAAACAAAACUGUUAUUCGUAAUGUAAUAAUGGCUUUUAGCUUAUAAUAGUGUAAGAAUAAACAAAUGAAUAUUGUUAACGAAGUCACAAUUCGGAGUAGGCAAAUCUCUUCGGUAUCAUCGAAGAUUACAAAUUUCACA